UUUAAACCGAGCGAUACUUCCGAAACGUCAGCUAGCAUUGUAUUGUAUUGUGUUUUCUACGGAAGUAAAUGUAUGCUGUUUAAAAGCCUCGCGAUUGCUGAACAAGAAAAUGACGCAUUCUUAUUCACUACAAUUUUUUUCUUCAAUAACUGGUUGAGAUUAGGUGGAUCAACGCUUUUUUUUUCUCAGAUAAACGUCUUCAAAGAGUUGCACCAACGGAUAACACUUUAUCCGCCCACGUUCGACAGUUUUUUGGAAAAUCCAACCCUUAACCGUUUUCCGGAUGUUUUAUGCCUCGACAGAUCAAGAGUGAAAUUGAGCACGAAAUACGGAAAUGGGAACUAUUGUCAUGCCAGUUAUGUGGAUUCUUACGAACGAAAAGAUGGUUAUGUGUUCUCCCAAGCACCGUUUUCAGAAGAAACAGAAGAGUUGUUUUGGAGGAUGGUGAUCGAUGUUGAUCCAAAAAUGAUUGUUGUACUUGGUAGUGUAGAGGCCAGCUAUUUAUUCAUAUUUUAUUGUGUAACGUUUCAGGAUGGUAACGAACAAAUGAUGAGAUGCUUUUGGUCGCAUGAAGGCGAAAAGAUUUACUCGAAUUCCAUCAGAGUUUGUCUCGUAAGAGUUCAAAGGGUGAGCGUAUUAGAGGAAAAUAUUAUUUACAAAGUGAUUUUUAAUACACACCGGAACCACAAAACUUGUUCCGGUAACGGAUCUCCCUCCCACCGAUUUGUAGCUGCUUGUGGUGAUCCAAGGUGGAGACGCUGA